AUAGCUAGGGAGGGGGAAAUCGCUGAGUCGGGCGUGGCAGUCAGCCAAUCUUUCUUGUUAUCUCUGGGUAAAUGAAAGCUGACAGCUAGACUACCUUUCUUGCAGCGUCCACAGACAAUUUCCGUCGAUUUGCUGGGUGUAAAAACGUUGAAUUGCGCCUCGAUCCUCGCUGAGGAAAUAUCUUACCGGACGAACGGCACGACACUCCGUUUAAGGACGACAGACAGACAACGCUCAUCAUCGCGAAAUAUAGACGCAGGCAGCAUGUCCACCCCCACAGUCACAGAGUUGAAAGAGCUGAACCCAGUUGACUUCAUCCAGCUACAGCAGUACAUUGACUACUGCAGGCUGAGGGUUAAAGAUGUGCUGAGGGAAUUUGAUGCAGAUGGCAGGCUGGCCCAGCACAGACAUGGAGAGUGUAUCAAUGAGGAAGGCUUCCGUCUCUUCCUGAAGACCUAUUUGGAGGUUGAGGACUUCCCUAAGGAUCUCUGCCAGCGCCUGUUCCGAUCCUUCCAGAGCGGAACCGAACUGGACGGGCAGGACAACGCCAAAGAGGUCUUUCUGAAGGACGUUUCAUGUUACUUCUCUCUGUUGGAGGAUGGCCAGCCCAGAGACAAGCUGGAGUUUGCUUUCAAACUGUAUGACAGAGAUGGCAAUGGAGUCCUUGACAGCUCUGAGGUGGACCGGAUCAUUGCUCAGAUGAUGCACGCUGCAGAUUACCUGGACUGGGAUGUGUCUGAGCUGAGACCAGUGCUGAAGGACAUGAUGACAGCCAUCGACGCAGACAGCAGUAACACGGUCUCUCUGGAUGAGUGGGUGGAAGGCGGAAUGAACAACGUCCCUCUGCUGGUAUUACUUGGGCUGAAGAUGACUCAGAAGGAUGGGCAGCACCUAUGGAGGAUGAAAAAUUACAACAAGCCUGUCUACUGCAACGUGUGUCAGAGCAUGCUGCUAGGACUGAGGAAACAGGGGCUUUGCUGCACCUGUUGUAAAUACACGGUCCAUGGACGCUGUGCCAACAGAAACCCAGCUCCCUGUACCAGGACCUAUGUCAAGUCUAAGAAAGACACGGGAGUUCCAACCCAUGACUGGGUCAGUGGGAACUGUGACUCUGGGAAGUGUGACAAGUGUCAGAAGAAGAUCAAGAGUUAUCACGGGCUGACGGGCAAACACUGUGUCUGGUGCCACUCCAUGCGCCAUGAUGACUGUGCCUCCCAGGAGCCCUCCGACUGUAACUGUGGAACUCUCAGAGACCAUAUCCUCCCCCCUUGGGCCAUCUACCCUGUUAUGAAGGAGAAGCCUAACAGCAUGAAGAACGGCUCCUCGAGCUCAGCCGGCGACAGUGACCACAACACCACUCCUGACGGAAAGGUGCUUCAGAUUGAUCCGGUCCCAGACACUCAUCCUCUUUUAGUGUUUGUGAACCCUAAAAGUGGAGGCAAGCAGGGAGAAAGAGUUCUGCGUAAAUUCCAGUAUUUGCUGAAUCCACGGCAGGUGUAUAACCUAUCCAAUGGUGGACCUGGACCAGGGCUGUGCUUCUUCAGAAAUCUGAAGGAUUACAGGAUAUUGGUUUGCGGAGGGGACGGCACUGUGGGCUGGAUACUUGAUGCCAUAGAAAAAGCCAAUCUUCAAGUGCGGCCACCUGUGGCUGUGUUACCCCUGGGCACAGGAAAUGACCUUGCACGUUGUCUUAGAUGGGGAGGAGGUUAUGAUGGGACGGAUCUGUGUCGGAUCCUGAAGGAGAUUGAGGGCAGCACCCCGGUGCUGAUGGACCGCUGGAAUGUAGAGGUGAUCCUAGAGGACCCCCAGGAGAUGGGUGACCCUGUGCCUUAUGAGAUCAUCAACAACUACUUCUCCAUCGGAGUGGAUGCCUCUAUUGCCCACCGGUUUCAUACACUGAGAGAGAAACACCCCCAGAAAUUUAAUAGCAGAAUGAAGAACAAGUUAUGGUAUUUUGAGUUUGCCACCUCUGAGACCAUCUCUGCUUCAUGCAAGAAACUGAAUGAAUGUCUUACAAUUGAGUGCUGCGGCACACCAUUGGACCUGAGUGGCCUUUCUAUGGAGGGGAUCGCAGUCCUCAACAUUCCCAGCAUGCACGGUGGAUCCAACCUGUGGGGAGAAGCCAAGAAGGGUGAAUCCAAGUCCUUGAUGAAUCCCCAGGAAAUGCCGGAGGUUAUUGUCGACCCUGAAAUCCUGAAAGUCAGUGGACAAGACCUCAGUGACCUGCGUUUGGAAGUGGUUGGUCUAGAAGGGGCCAUGGAGAUGGGGCAGAUAUAUACUGGACUUAAGAGUGCUAUAAGACUAGCAAAAACCUCACAGAUUACAAUCAGGACUAAGAAACCUUUACCAAUGCAGAUAGACGGAGAGCCCUGGAUGCAGCCACCCUGUACGAUUCACAUCACACACAAGAACCAGGCCAGUAUGCUGAUGGGUCCCCAGAGCCGGUCCAGCUUCUUCAGCUCAAAGUAGAAGCCUGCUCCCUGGCUACACGCAGUAACAUGACCUAUAUGCACUUGCUUAUUAUUUUACAUUUGUGAAAUGACUGAAGCAGCUUGGUUUGUGAAACCAGUUGGUAUAUGCAUAUUUUAGAGAAAUAGGUUGACCAACAUUUUAAGACAGUUCAACACAUAUUAUUUUGUUUGUUCUGCCUCAAUACAAGAUGACAUUAUGAAAACAUUGCCAACUACAGCUGUAUGAUAGCCUUUUAUAUUACUCUGGACAACAAGUUAAGAGCUUUUAGUGGGUUUUAUGUGCCUUUUCCAUCAUGUUUUGCCAAAUUCACCUUAUGCGUUAUCAAGGGGACAAAGACUGCUGGGUUGCACAGUCUAAGAUAUUGGUAUCCGCUUGAAAAGUUUGAGUUAAAUGUUUAUUCAACAAUAUUAUUUUAACUGCAUUUAACUUCAUUGUUAUGACAUUUUUGUAGGAUAAUUUAAAUGUAUACGGUACCAGUCAAAAGUUUGGACACACCUACUCAUUCAAGGGUUUUUCUUUAUUUUUACUAUUUUCUACAUUGUAGAAUAAUA